GACAGUUACCACCUGUCCAAUAUCAAAUUUUUGAGGCUGAUACUCAUUGACAUCUCCCUGGUUUUCGCCAUCCCGUCCACUUCAGUCAAAAUAUGCUUAAGUGCAAGUGUCCAUGUAGUUCAACAUUGUUAACAUCGUCUGCACUUCAUAUGCAUUUUCAUUUUCUUUGCUCGUUCUGUCUCGUUAAAUGUUGGUUAUAAACUGCCAGCUGGGAAUUAAGGAAGACCUUGAUGGAAAACAGCAACUGCAGGUCGGCCCUCGGCAGGGCUUGACUUUGAAGUGAAAUCCUGAUAUAUGAUGCUCAGAUGGGAGUGGGAGCUCGGGACCCUCCCUCCUCUGCACAUGAAGACAGUUUUUGUCCUCACCACAUUGCUUGACUGUCACCGCAGGUUAAGGAUGUUACAGAUGAAGCCUGCUGGAGUUCUGUUCAUCUUAUCAGUGACUCUGAGUGCUGCUCAGAAACUGAAAACAACCCCGAGAGCAGAGUGGGAGUACAGGAAUGAAGCAGAGAGGGUGAACACCAGAGGCUGUGCAAACCUCACGCUGGUUUUAGACAACUGGAAAUACGCCAUCAUGACGCAGGUCAAGGAUCUGCUGCUGCAUGACCACAGCACCGUGCUGCCGGACUACGGGAGGAUCCAGCCGCUGUCAGACGCCCUGGGAGAUCUCUACAAGGAGUUCAACGCCCUGAAGGAGCGCCUCGCUGAGCUCACGGCCAAGUUUGACGGAGUCGAGGCCUUCGUGGACAACAUGCGAUCAGGAAGGAAGCCUGUCCCGCUCCGAGGUGAACCCCGACCCCUGGGGUUGCUGCCAGGAGGGGAGACCGAGACCACGGCCACUGAUCCUGGAGCUCGACAGCAAAGAAAGAGAAGCAGGAUUGUAGUGCGGAGGAUCAAGAAACCUGCAGGUCCACAGGACUGAAACAUGGACUGGACGAACUGUGAGCCACAGCAUCAUAUUCCUGUUUAAAUCUUACUGUGGUCUCAACUGAGUUCAGUUCACGAAUUGUUUUUCUGUCCAUCACCACCUCCAUGAUUUACCAAAGUAGAAGCUGUUUGGAAGGCCUCUCAUGCUGGGUAACUGCAGCCGUACCUGCAGAGCAGUCGACAUGACAAGCAGUCUGAAAACAAGUGAGAACCAGUAGAAUAAUAAAUAUUAAAAUAUGUCAUCGUUGUGCUGAAGCUGACUGUAACUUUUCUCACUGGACUCCUUCUGCUCACCCGCAUAUCAGGAGAAACAGUGCACACCUUUGCCUGAUCUCAUGUACUCAACAGUAUACAGCUAUACUCUACUCUGCCACUAGGUGGCUCCACACCAUCAGG